AUUUUCGACCGGAAGUAGUAAGCAUGUCAAAGGUUGAACACAUUGUCCCCUGCGCGGUAUUCUGUAUCAAGAGUAAUGAAUGAAGUUUUACUCGAAUGAGAUUUCUGUCGAAAAAUACAGACACGUUGGCAAAGAGAGAGGCAGUGACUGUGGCGUUUUACUGCGCACAAUAUAAUAAAAGAAGUGCAUCUCAUCUGAGACCAGGACAGAGAUGGCUGGAAUUUUGUUUGAGGAUAUCUUUGAUGUGAAGGACAUCGAUCCAGAUGGCAAGAAGUUUGACAGAGUAUCUCGUCUGCAUUGUGAAAGUGAAUCUUUCAAGAUGGACCUCAUCUUAGAUGUGAACAUUCAGAUCUAUCCUGUUGAUCUUGGUGACAAGUUCAGAUUGGUAAUUGCCAGCACGUUAUAUGAAGAUGGAACACCAGAUGAUGGAGAGUACAAUCCUCAGGAUGACCGGCCAUCUAGAGCGGACCAGUUUGAUUAUGUGAUGUAUGGAAAGGUUUACAAGAUUGAGGGCGAUGAGACUUCAACAGAAGCAGCCACGCGCCUAUCUGCCUACGUGUCUUAUGGCGGCCUCCUCAUGAGGCUGCAGGGCGAUGCCAACAAUCUUCACGGCUUUGAAGUGGACUCAAGGGUCUACCUCCUCAUGAAGAAACUGGCCUUCUGAAACCCAACUCUGCUCACUCUGUUCUUUCAAUUCUACAACCAACAGUGAAGUCACACAGAACUGCAAACGGACCACAUUUUUUUUAUUCCCUCGACUGGACACAUUACAAAAGCAGCUCACAUUGGCUCACAUUUUUCCUCAAAAGAAAUGGACUACAAAUUAAAGACUGCAACACUGGAAAGCUGCUGCAGCAUCCUCCCAUCUGCUGGUGAACUGUAAAUAAAGAUUUCUUUUAUACAAAACGA